AUGGCUUCCGGAGGCAAGGCUGUCGGUAUCGACUUGGGUACUACCUACUCAUGUGUCGCAUACUACUCCAACGACAAGAUUGAAAUCAUUGCAAACGACCAGGGAAACCGCACCACACCUAGUUUUGUUGGUUUCACCGACACUGAGCGUCUGAUCGGAGAUGCGGCCAAGAACCAGGUCGCAAUGAACCCCCACAACACGGUCUUCGAUGCCAAGCGUCUCAUUGGCCGCAAGUUCCAGGACUCCGAGGUCCAGGCUGAUAUGAAGCACUUCCCCUUCAAGGUCAUUGAGAAGGGUGGCAAGCCCAACAUCGAGGUGGAGUUCAAGGGCGAGACCAAGACCUUCACUCCCGAGGAGAUCUCCGCCAUGGUCCUGACCAAGAUGCGCGAGACUGCCGAGUCUUUCCUCGGUGGCCAGGUCAACAACGCUGUCGUCACUGUCCCUGCCUACUUCAACGACUCCCAGCGUCAAGCUACCAAGGACGCAGGUCUCAUUGCCGGCCUCAACGUCCUUCGUAUCAUCAACGAGCCUACCGCCGCUGCCAUUGCCUACGGUCUUGACAAGAAGGCCGAGGGCGAGCGCAACGUUCUCAUCUUCGAUCUUGGUGGUGGUACUUUCGAUGUGUCUCUUCUGACCAUUGAGGAGGGCAUUUUCGAGGUCAAGUCCACCGCUGGUGACACUCACUUGGGUGGUGAGGACUUUGACAACCGUCUCGUCAACCACUUCGUCAACGAGUUCAAGCGCAAGCACAAGAAGGACCUGUCCUCCAACGCCCGCGCCCUGCGCCGUCUUCGCACCGCUUGCGAGCGUGCCAAGCGCACUCUGUCCUCGUCUGCCCAGACCUCCAUCGAAAUCGACUCCCUGUUCGAGGGUAUCGACUUCUACACCUCCAUCACCCGUGCUCGCUUCGAGGAGCUUUGCCAGGACCUGUUCCGCUCUACCAUCCAGCCCGUCGACCGUGUCCUUACCGACGCCAAGGUCGACAAGUCCCAGGUCCACGAGAUCGUCCUGGUCGGAGGUUCCACCCGUAUCCCCCGUGUCCAGAAGCUCAUCUCCGACUACUUCAACGGCAAGGAGCCCAACAAGUCCAUCAACCCCGAUGAGGCUGUUGCCUACGGUGCCGCUGUCCAGGCCGCCAUUCUGUCCGGUGAUACCUCCUCCAAGAGCACCAAUGAGAUCCUUCUUCUCGACGUCGCUCCUCUGUCCCUCGGUAUUGAGACUGCUGGUGGCAUGAUGACCAAGCUCAUUCCCCGCAACACCACCAUCCCUACCAAGAAGUCCGAGGUCUUCUCCACCUUCUCUGACAACCAGCCCGGUGUCCUCAUCCAGGUCUACGAGGGUGAGCGCCAGCGCACCAAGGACAACAACCUUCUCGGCAAGUUCGAGCUUACCGGCAUUCCCCCCGCCCCCCGCGGUGUUCCCCAGAUUGAGGUCACCUUCGACCUUGACGCCAACGGAAUCAUGAACGUCUCCGCCGUCGAGAAGGGUACCGGCAAGUCCAACAAGAUUGUCAUCACCAACGACAAGGGCCGCCUUUCUAAGGAGGACAUUGAGCGCAUGCUUGCUGAGGCCGAGAAGUUCAAGGAUGAGGAUGAGGCCGAGGCCCAGCGUGUCUCUGCCAAGAACGGCCUCGAGUCUUACGCCUACUCCCUCCGCAACACCCUCAGCGACUCCAAGGUCGAUGAGAAGCUUGAGGCUGACGACAAGGAGAAGCUCAAGACUGAGAUCGACACCAUUGUCACCUGGCUCGACGAGAACCAGCAGGCCACUCGCGAAGAGUACGAGGAGCGCCAGAAGGAGCUUGAGGGCAUUGCCAACCCCAUCAUGAUGAAGUUCUACGGCUCUGCUGGCGGUCCCCCCGGUGCUGGUGGCGCCCCUGGCGGCUUCCCCGGUGCUCCCGGCGGCGGUGCUCCCCCCGGCAACCACGACGACGGCCCUACCGUCGAGGAGGUUGACUAA